AUGUGCGAUUCGUGUAAAAUUGUAGUUAAUGAACUGUUAACAUUUCUUCAAAAUAAGUGCGAUGUAUUAGACGAGAUAAGUCUGAUACAAAUUGCGGCAUCAUGGUUUAAUGAAGAGGAGAUAGAAAAGGCAAAAUCUAUUGCUUACGAGGAUACAACUAUAAAGAAGAUUAACCGGAAGGGGGACAAAAAGAAGGAUAAAGACAUAACAGAUAUGGUGAAAGUGUUAAAAGAGACGGAUCCCGAUGAUAUGCCUAUUUUUGUGGCGAAAGACCUUUCACGUGUACCACCUGUUACUUUCGACCACCUGGAUGUGACAUGUGUUUUGAAAAACCUAUCCACAAUCAGAUCUCAAAUCUUAAUAUUACAACAAGAAACUAACAGGUUAAACAACGAAUUUAAAUCGUUAAAAGUUUUAAAUAAAAACAUGCAACAAAGUGCACUAACUAUUACGAGACAUGAGUCACAGACCAGAGAAGAGGUCAUUAACCCCAUGCAGUGUCAACGACCUGACUCCGCCUCCAAGGCGGAUGCUAAUGCGUACACGCAGGAGGCGUCGCCUUCAACUGUUAAGGCCAUACCCUCUUACGCAGCAUUGGUCAAGGAGGGACAAGGGGCCACAACUAAAGGCGGUGCUAAUAAGGAUUUUACAUAUAGCGAUAUGCCUUGCUUACAUAGCGGUCUACGCUUCUCAAACAAAUUACCCUCAAAGAAUAAUUAUACAUCAAAUACAAAUGAAAACAUAAAAGAAGUUGAUGAUGAUGGGUUUACUAAAGUACAAAGAAAGAGAAAGAGGAUUCUUAAUAUGCAUGGCACGAGUAAAAACAACAAUAUAAAAUUAAAAGUGGCGGACAUGACAUUCAACAUAUAUGUCUCCAGGUUUCAGUCGUCUACUACAGAAGAUGACAUAAAAGAAUAUCUUACUGAAAAAGGCAUAGAAGCCAUGGGAGUAGAAGUUUUACAAUCAAAAAUGCCAACAAACUUUCGUUCGUUUAAACUCGUAUUUAAGAAGAAUGAUUAUAAGGAAACUUGGUUACACUCUGAUGAAUUAAGUUUAUUAGAUAAUAUUAAUCCCAACUUCUAUACUUUGGGAACCUCUGCCAUGAACCUGGCAAAUUCACAUCAUGGGCGACCCUACGGCGGAGUAGCAAUAUUGUGGCAUAAAAAUAUUAAUGCAACACCAGUAAAAUGCGACUCACCGAGGCUAACUGCUAUACAUAUUAAAGGCGUUGAUACAAGCAUAUUACUCAUUACUGUGUAUAUGCCUACCGAGUGUAAUGACAAUUUAGAAGAAUUUUCUGAUUGCUUGAGUAAAAUAAUUACAAUUGCUGAUGAGAAAGAAUGUCAUGAUUGUAUAAUUAUGGGAGACUUUAAUGCAGAUCCACAGAGAUUCUUCGGCAAAGAAUUACUACAGUUUGCAAACGAAAAAACAUGUUUAGUUGUGUAG